CCCAGAAUUAACCAAGGGGGUACCCGAAAAGUACCGUGUGGCGGUGUGGUUUUCCUCUCGUGGUCUAGUGAUUGUGAGCUAUUAAUUCCUAACGAUGAAAUUAUAGAAUUAAUAAUACCACCUGGAGCAACAUUUUUCCAUCAGUAAUAAUGAAAGUUUAAGAGUUUAAGCAAUAAAUUGUGAAGUACCGAAAAUUUCAAGAGUCAACUUGCUGAAACUUUGCUGGUAAACCGGUAUCUGAGUGCAGUGGACGUUACGAAUCUACUAUGAUAACCCUAUUCUCGUGGUUUAAUCACUGAACAUAUUUUAAUGUCACCUAUGCGGGAAUCGGCAUUAACAUGGACAUCAAAAGCACACUUGAUUAUGAAUUCAUCAAUCUGGAUAAUCUCGAUGAUAAUGUCAAGAGUGAAAUCCGCACCAUCUUGAAGAGCGAGAUUGCCUCGGAUGUUCUCAAAUUACCUUGGGACAAUGGCGAGAAAGAUUAUAACUCAAAUUCAGUCGUCCCGGAGAUGCAGCCGGAGGUGCAUAACCACUGGCAGCGUUAUGAUGAAUCCAUUCCCAGUUACGACGUCUCCACCCCUCCCUCGAUGUUGACAUCCCCCAUGUCGACCCUGGCCUACCCCACUGCACCCAUGAUGCAGGUCCCAUACCAAGACUGGCAGAUGACCACAGCCUACCCCACAACGACCUCCGACCCAGCGGGCUACACCUACGUCUCCUCAGUCCACUACCCGUCCCCAAUGUACAACCCCACCCCCACCGAGGUCCUCACCACCCAGUCCCCCAACCGUGAGAAUCGUCAUUCAGGUCGCUCACGCACUCGAAAAAUCGACAACUACAAUCGUCCAGUCGCCAACGACAUUCAGCAAUCCUAUAUGAUGCAGCCUGGCCAGUUCAAUCCAAUCCCAGCAAUGUGUCAUCCAGGGGUUCAAUACCUACCGUACGUAUCCUCCCAACAGCAUCCAGCCGCUGGUCGGCCGAUAUUCAUGCCUCCCCAGUACCCCCAGAUCCACCACAACAGCCAUCAGUACCAUCAACAUCCCUCGAACUACCAUCAGCCCUCACCAACUGUUAAACAUCAACGACAAAAUGCACAAAACUACAAUCCAAUGUACAAUCAGGAGAAGAUGGUCAAUCACGGACAGAAGAAUGAUAAGAAAAUUUACGAGGGUCACCGUAACACUGCCAGCCAGUCAUUCCGUCAGGUGUUGAAUCAUAAAAGUAAUAAUAAUCAUAACAAUAAUGUUAAUAAUAAGGUAGGCAGAUGUAGUGGUGAGGAGAAGGAGAUUUCUAAGAGAGCAGAGGAUGUUCAGGGGAUUCUCAGCACAAGUAAUGGCAUUGUCAAUGGGGGAAAGUGCGAGGUGAAGGAGGUGAGUGAUGAGGAGGCAGCUGAGGUGAAGGUGGAGGUGGCGAAGAUUAGUAAGGAGUCUGUUAAGAAGGAAGAGGAAACAGUUGUGAAGGCUGUGGAGGAGUCGGUUGUUGAAGAAGUCAAGACAAAUGGAGAGGAGAGGGGGGAAGAUUCGGGGAGCGUGGAAGAGGUGAAGGAGGUGGAGAGGCUGCCGGUGACACCUGCGGCGAAGACUUUCGCGAGCAUUGUCAGGAACACCGAGGGGAGAAAUCCUCCGGGGUUCGUCCAGAGUCAAGGAUUCAAACUGCCAUCAGCUGUUCGCACUACUGUUGUUGAUUGUGUAAAUAAUGGGGUUGAGAAGGAAGAGAGGAAGGGGGAGGAUGUUAAGAGACAGAGUGGUGAGGAGCCGUUGGGAGUGGUUGUGGAGACUGUUUUCGUGGAGAGGAAACCACUGUCUGUGGAUCAUGUACAGACACCGUUGAAUCAUCCUCUUAUGUACAGAAUGGGGGAAUUUUUACUGCGUUACCAAAUGGAUAAGCAGACUGUAAGUUUACUGCCUCGUGGCUUGACGAAUCGCAGCAAUUAUUGCUACAUAAAUAGUAUAUUACAAGCGCUACUCGCCUGUCCACCUUUUUACAAUCUCCUGAGGGCACUGCCGCGCUCUAGGCAUCCGUUGAAAAACUCAUCGACUCCACUAAUUGACAACAUGGUGAAGUUUGUUAAUGAAUUCCUACCCCUACCCGAGGGUGAACGCCUGCCCAGAAAUACCAGAGGUCAGAAGAAGAAUGACGACAGCCUUGACAUCAAAGGUGGCACCGCCUUCGAGCCUUCCUACGUCUACACUAUGUUAAAGAAUACAUCAUCCCCUGGAGUUUUCUCCAUCGAGGGGAGACAGGAGGACGCUGAAGAGUUCCUCUCGUGUCUACUCAAUGGCAUUAGUGACGAAAUGCUGGAGUUGAUGAAGCAAGUGAGUGAGGCCUCCCAGAACUCCAAACCAUCCGAGGAGUUGAAUGCUAGUUACAACAGUGGAGAUGAGGAGUGGAAAGUGAUGGGUCCCAAGAACAAAGGUUCAAUAACCCGUUGCACUGAGUUUGAACGCACCCCAUUAUCCGAUAUCUUCCGUGGUCAACUGAGAUCCAGGAUUCUGCGUCAGGGUGAUCAAAGCACUGACAAUGUACAGCCAUUUUUUACUCUUCAAUUAGACAUCGAGAAAGCAGAAUCAGUGAAAGCUGCCCUAGAAAUUCUCGUGGGAAAGGACCUAGUGGAAGGUAUGACCUGUAGCAAAACAAAGCAGCAGAUUCAGGCGUGGAAACAAGUUACUCUCGAAGAGCUUCCAGUUGUUCUCAUCCUCCAUUUAAAGUGGUUCGAUUAUAAACUCGAUGGGUGUUCCAAGAUAUUUAAAAAUGUCGCCUAUGCCAUUGAUCUUAAAAUCGAUGCCAAACUCCUGUCACCAAAUACAGGGAAAAAAUUGUCAGGUAAACAGAAACAGUAUAAACUAUUUGCUGUUACGUAUCACGAUGGCAAAGAGGCAACAAAGGGCCAUUACGUAACAGAUGCAUUUCACGUUGGUUUUGGUGCAUGGGUCCGUUACGACGACAGUUCUGUUAAAGGAAUAUCCGAGAAUGACGUAUUGAAUCCAUCCCCACCCCGCGUACCCUACUUACUUUAUUAUAGGAGGUGUGACACGAUCGGAAAUCAACCAAAUACUACUAGAACACGUUGAGCGUAGCCGAUAAUGAAGAAUGAAAAUAAUGAAGAAAAAUUGAAGAGAAUAUCGAAAGCACUGUAGGUAAACAAUAAGUUUGUUUUUUUAUAAGAAAAAUAAAGAUGAAUAAAUUAUCGAUAAUUAUGGGAAAUGAGAAAAAAAAAUAAUUCGAUAAAUUUCUAGAUUUUCAAGGUAAUAUAAAUGAACUCUCAUGUUUCGUACUCGAGAUAAAAGAUUAAUCGAAUUAAUUAUUAAAUCUUCGGAUAUCAGAGGAAUUAAAGGAAUAGACACAGAGGAUGAUGAAAUUUUUAAUAAUUAUUAAUAUCGUUAUAUUCUUUGAACCUCCGAGUCACCAUAUUUUUGUUAAUUAGGCGUGUAAUAUCAAUUGUUACAAGUGCUAUGUGCCUCAUUUUUUAGUAUAUUGAAGAUUAAUAAUAAAGAUAGCAUUACUAUUUCUCAUGGAUAA